AUGACCGUUCAGAUUCCGUAUCAACACAGCUCAGGAUAUAUUUCUCAUUUUCACAAUAAUGAACUCGAUUCAGAUAGCGGAAGGGAUUAUAAUGUUACGAUCAAAUACCUAGAUGUUAAAGAAGAAAGUGAAGAAGGCCAUACAACAAAAAGCAAUCAUAAUGAUAGUUUACAUAUUCCAAUUUUAUUGUGUUUGAUAAUUGCACUUGGAGGCUUUAUCUUCGGAUGGGACAUUGGUACUAUUGGUGGAAUGACAAAUAUGAUCAGCUUUCAACAAAGGUUUGGUACAACUGAUGUUAUAAGGGAUGGGGAUACUGUCUUCAUAUCCACCAAACAACUGACUGAUUUGCAAGUAGGCCUGAUUAUCAGUAUUUUUAACAUCAGUUGUGGCGUGGGAGCUCUUACUUUAUCAAAGAUCGGUGACUGGACUGGUAGAAAAUCUGGAAUAUGGUUUGCCUUGGUCGUAUAUUGUAUUGGUAUAACCAUUCAAAUUGUCUCCUGUGGCAAGUGGUAUUUUUUAGCUUUGGGAAGAGCUGUAACCGGUAUUGGAGUGGGAAUAACUACGGUAUUAGUACCGAUGUUUCUUUCCGAGAACUCUCCACUAAAAAUCAGAGGUUCGAUGGUCUCUAUGUAUCAAUUAAUUGUGACGCUUGGUAUACUUAUGGGAAACAUUUUAAACUUCAUAUGUGAGAGAUUCUACAAAGAUCCGACCCAAAACAUAGCUUGGCAGUUACCUUUAUUUUUGGGGUAUAUUUGGGCCACCAUAAUUGGGAUGUCGCUUGUCUACGUUCCUGAAUCUGCACAGUACUUGGCCAAAAUCAAAAAUGAUGUUCCAUCUGCUAAAAGUUCCUUCGCCAAGAUGAACGGUGUUCCCGUAACGGAUAGUACAAUAACCGAGUUUAUUGAUGAUUUGAUGGAAAAUGACUAUAAUGAGGAAGAAACCAACGCUAAAUCGAAGAAAAUGCAAAGUUUUGUUAAGAGACCAACUCUUGAGUUUAUUGUAGGCAAACCAAAGUUAUGGUUAAGGCUAAUUAUUGGUAUGAUGAUAAUGGCAUUCCAACAGCUGUCCGGGAUAAAUUAUUUCUUCUACUAUGGAACGUCUGUUUUCAAGGGAGUAGGGAUCAAAGAUCCCUAUAUCACUUCAAUGAUACUGUCUGGUGUUAACUUCCUUUCCACAAUUUUGGGUAUUUAUUACGUGGAGAAAUGGGGCCGCAAGACAUGUUUACUAUACGGCUCAACAAACUUGCUAUUUUACAUGAUGACAUAUGCCACGGUCGGGACAUUCGGUAGGGAAACCGACUUUUCAAAUAUUGUUUUGAUCAUUGUAACUUGCUGCUUUAUUUUCUGGUUUGCCAUCACUUUGGGCCCAGUCACGUUUGUGCUAGUAUCUGAGUUGUUCCCCUUGAGAACUAGAGCAAUUUCAAUGGCGAUUUGCACAUUUGUCAAUUGGAUGUUCAACUUCUUGAUCUCAUUUUUAACGCCAAUGGUGGUUUCCAAGAUUGAUUUUAAAUUGGGGUAUAUAUUUGCUGCUUGUCUUUUAGCAUUGAUUAUAUUCAGUUGGAUAUUAGUACCGGAAACAAGGAAGAAAAAUGAGCAGGAGAUCAAUAAAAUAUUUGAAUCGGAGUAG